UGCGGGUGCGAUGAGAUGGGCCGGGCAGGAAGGCGCUCACACCAGCCGCGCGGGUGCUCGCUCCUUCCCGUCCGCAGCACCGUCAGUCUCACUCCGGCACCGCUUCCCCUCACUUGCUUGGCCUCACUGGCCACGUCCGUCAGUCAGUCCUUCGGUCCGGCUGGCUGUGGGAGUACCGUAUGUACCAUAAUGUAGUCUCUGCUUUGAAUUUAAAGGCCCCCCGCGACAACGUCUCCCUCUGCUCGUCCUCCUCUCUCGACCUCUCCUCCUCAUCUCACAACCACCACUCAUCUCUCUUCGCUGCCGCUGCUUCACCCGGCACAGACACCACCAGACUCCUCUUCUACAAAGACUUUCAAAAUGGUCAAAGUUCUCCUCGUCCUCUACGACGGCGGCAAGCACGCCGAGCAGGUCCCGGAGCUGCUGGGCACAACAGAAAACGAGCUGGGCAUCCGCAAGUGGCUCGAGGACCAGGGCCACACACUCGUUACCACUUCCGACAAGGAGGGCGAGAACUCAAAAUUCGACCAGGAGCUCGUCGAUGCAGAGGUCAUCAUCACAACCCCCUUCCACCCUGGCUACCUCACCGCAGAGCGCCUCGCCAAGGCCAAUAACCUCAAGCUCGCCAUCACCGCAGGCAUCGGCUCUGACCAUGUCGACCUCAACGCUGCCAACAAGACCAACGGCGGUGUGACCGUCGCAGAGGUGACUGGCUCCAACGUCGUCUCCGUAGCCGAGCACGUCGUCAUGACCAUCCUCGUCCUCGUCCGCAACUUCGUCCCGGCCCACGAGAUGAUCGAGGCUGGCGAGUGGGACGUCGCUGGAGUCGCCAAGAACGAGUACGACCUCGAGGGCAAGGUUGUCGGCACCGUCGCUGUUGGCCGCAUCGGCGAGCGCGUCCUGCGCCGCCUCAAGCCUUUCGACUGCAAGGAGCUCCUCUACUUUGACUACCAACCCCUGAGCGCCGAGGUCGAGAAGGAGAUUGGCUGCCGCCGUGUCGAGAAUCUCGAGGAGAUGCUCGCCCAGUGCGACGUCGUCACCAUCAACUGCCCGCUCCACGAGAAGACCCGCGGGAUGUUCAACAAGGAGCUCAUCUCCAAGAUGAAGCCCGGCUCAUGGCUCGUCAACACUGCUCGUGGUGCCAUCGUCGUCAAGGAGGACGUUGCCGAGGCUCUCAAAUCUGGCCACCUCCGCGGAUACGGUGGUGAUGUGUGGUUCCCUCAACCCGCCCCCCGCGAGCACCCUCUGCGGACCGCCAAGAACCCCUUCGGCGGCGGCAACGCCAUGGUCCCCCACAUGUCGGGAACUUCUCUCGAUGCCCAGAAGCGGUACGCGGACGGCACCAAGGCUAUUCUCGACAGCUACCUUUCCGGACGUCACGACUACCGCCCUGAGGAUCUGAUCGUCAAGGAUGGUGACUACGUCACUCGCGCCUACGGCCAGCGGACGAAGGCCGCUGCUCCCCCCUCAUAAUCUGGGUGGUGAAGCUGCGAGGUGUUGGGAUGUUGUGCAGAGUUGACACACUUGAGACUUUUAUGUUUUUUUGUACGGGACUUUUAGCAUUGUUUGAGGGAUUCACCCAGUACAUGGCAUGGGGCAGAGGGCUUAGGGACUUCCUUGAUAAUCUUUGAAAUGGAUUUAAAAGACAUGAAAAAAAAGUAGUAAAUUAUCAUCCUCAGCG